UCAAAACCCUCUUUAACACUCUUCCUCUAAGCUUUUUAAAUCAAUGGCUUCCACUUCCACACUUCUUCUUCCAUCUCUCUCCUCUAAGAAUCUUCACAUCGCAGUCCCAAUAAGAACCAAUAGCUUCGUUCGUCGAACAACAAAGUUCUCAACAAAAUGUUCGUCGAAUCCAGAGUCAAAGGAUCAAUUCAUCAAUCUCACACCAGCACCUGAAUCAAUCAACACAACAAGCGCAGAGAAAUUCCCAAUAGAGAAACGAAGAAGAUCAGAGAUCAUACGAGACAGAACACAAAGAGGAAUCGAGAAACCAGAGCCACCAAACUUCGAAAUCGGUUGGAAAAGAACAAAAGAGAUAAACUUGGAGAAACCUAAAGGUUAUGUAAUAAUGGAUUUCUUAGAAAAGUUCGAAGCUUUAAUGGCGAGAGAGUUUGGAUCAAAGGAGCUUUUAGCUAAAGCUGGUGAGAUUGUUGCAGAGAGAGCUAGAGAAGAAGCUGAGGUUUUGAGAGAUGAAGGUAAAGUUGAAGAGAGAAUGGUUACAGAGCUUUUUAGGGUUUUGAAAUUGAUGGAGAUGGAUUUAGCUAUGGUUAAAGCUUCUGUUAAAGAUGAAACUUUGAGUCAGAGGAUUGAACAAGCUAGAGCUCGGUGUCGACAAGCUAUUCUUGUUGCUAAUUCUUUCUAAUUCCUUCUUCUUCUACUUGCAAAUUGAGUCAAAAGUCUAUGAAUUUUGUUUAUAGUUUUACACAAAACAGAGCUUCUUCAUCUGUAAAAGAUCUUAUUUUUUUGGUUCUGUAAUCAUCUCUGGAUCAUUCAUCUGUUACUUUAAUGGUAGAAGAAGGAUUGAAGAUGAGAGUCUCAUGUGAAGAAUCAAAACAAAGAUUCAUGCUUUUGGUUUUGCAAUUUGUGAGGAAGCUUAAGGGUUUUUGGGAGGAAAAAACUUAAUUAGUUGAGAAAAUUUUACUUCCACUAGUUUCAUAUUUCAAGAUAUUUCACCAAGACUCAAG